GGUCCGAACAUCAGUUGAAAGUGUCUUUUGCUGAACGUUAUGAAACUGUUUUUGCUUUUCGCAGUCUGCGUCUUUGCGGCCAGCGCCGUGGAGCACAAGAUUAAUGGUGAGAACGGCUGGUAUGUGCCCCAGGCCGAUGGUAGCUUCGAGUGGGUCGAUAUGGAUAUGGCCGAUGCCUAUCUGGAAGCCCAUGCUGCAAGGGAGCGCAGCCUGCUGAAUCCCGUUACCUUCUACCUGUACACCAAGUCGAACCAGAACUCGGCACAGGAAAUCAAGGCUAACAAGGCUAGCAUCUCCGGCUCCAACUUCAACCCCAACAAUCCCACUCGCCUAACCAUCCACGGCUGGACCUCCAGCGCCGAUGACUACGUCAACUAUGGCGUGCGCAAUGCAUGGUUCACGCACGGCGACAUGAACAUGAUUACCGUCGACUGGGGUCGUGCCCGCUCUGUUGACUAUGCUUCCUCCGUCUUGGCUGUGCCCGGCGUCGGUGAGCAGGUUGCCGACCUGAUCAACUUCUUGCGCACGAACUUCGGUCUGUCCCUGGACAACACCAUGAUCAUUGGCCACAGCCUGGGCGCCCAUGUGUCCGGCUUCGCUGGCAAGAACAUCAAGAACGGUCAGGUGCACACCAUCAUUGGUCUGGACCCUGCCCUGCCCCUUUACAGCUACGACUCGCCCAACAAGCGUCUCAGCUCUACCGAUGCUUACUAUGUGGAGUCCAUUCAGACCAACGGCGGUACCUUGGGCUUCCUCAAGCCCAUUGGCAAGGGCGCUUUCUAUCCCAACGGCGGCAAGUCGCAGCCUGGCUGCGGUGUUGAUUUGACCGGCUCCUGCGCGCACAGCCGCUCCGUGAUCUACUAUGCCGAGUCCGUCAGCCAGGACAACUUCCCCACCAUGCGCUGCGGCGACUACGAGCAGGCCGUCGCCAAGAGCUGCGGCAGCACCUACAGCAGCGUGAAAAUGGGCGCCGUCACCAAUGCCUACAUGGUUGCCGGCGACUACUACGUGCCCGUCAACAGCCAGUAUCCCUACGGCUAUGGCAACUAGACUGACUUAUGACUGUUUAACAAUAAAAUUGUCUUGCGAGAA